AUGACAGAUAUUUCAUAUCCCGAGUCUUACCUCCGCACUCCUAUAUAUGCGUUGCCCUUCCUACAUCCGAAACGGCACGCCAAAACUGAUACAAGAGAGUUUUAUGAGGUUACAAGACCAAUUUGGGAGGAGUAUGAUGCUGAGGCGGGUUACGUGAACAGUGUGGAGGAGGUCAAGGAGAGUGUAGAGGGUUGUAAUAAUGUUGAAAGUAUCGAGGGAAAGAGUCAGAAGGACGGCUGGAGAAAGACGAAGAGGAGUCUGGAUAGCAUUGAUGGCGCAGAUGAUGACGACAUCAAGAGAAAGAGGUUCAGGGAUGCAUAG